UUAUUGUAAUUUUGACAGAUGGUCUGUUUACAAACACGAGAAUUUAUUAUUUUUUAUUAUUCCCAAAAAAUAGCUUUUAAUUAGUUAAAAAUACUUUUUAAUUACAUUAUCGUGUACUACAAAUCAGUAUUCAAUCCAAUUUUAUCGAGGAAGUGAAAGAAAACUCACGGAAAAGUGCUAAAAAAGCUACAAAAUGGCGAUGAACCUCGAGGAGAGGCUACAAAUGAAGCGGAUUCCCCUGGACAAAUGGUCAGUGCGGGAGCAGCUCUUCUUGGCCGCAGCUGUGGCGUGCAGUGGGGAGAAUUGGAUGAGUGUGAGCCGCUCCCUGAAGAUGUAUUGCGGGUCAAAUAGGCCGAGUGAUUGGUUCUCACAGAAAUCCUGUGCAGCCCAGUACGGGAAAUUGCUGGAGAAUGUGGAGAUGCCCAAGAGGAAGAAGCGAACUGCCUCGGAGAGGGAUACCCCAACUUCUGUGGACACACCCGGGGAGUCAAUCUACCGGAAAUUGACGCAGGAACGCAUCCAGGAGCUGAAGCGUCAAAUUCAGGAGGAUCAGAAGGAAUUUAGUCGUUUGAAGGAUGAUAUUCUCUUCCUACACAGCGCCUCGACGGAUGAGGGACGGAUCCGGGAGAUGUGGGCACAGAUUGAGCAGGAGAAGAAGCAGAAAGAACGCGAGCAGCUGCAGCAUCAGCAGUGGCUGAAGGAGCGCGAAGAGAGGAAGCAAGAAAUGGAGAAGGCAUGGCGUCCUGGGCAGCUGUAUGCCACAUCAUCACCCAGCUCAUCUCCACGGGGAUCCCCGCUGCAACCCCUAAUCCCACUGACUAAUCUCAAAAUUAAGCAGGAAGAGAUGGAAGUGGAUGAUUCAGCAUCGAAGCAGGGUACUUCCCCUCUCCUCACGUCGCUGCUAAAGUCCCCUUCUCCUGCACCCAAUCCACAGCAGGUUCUCGUCUCUAGCUCCCCAACGAGCUCCAGGGCUGCUCCCACAAUUACAAAUCUUCUCACUGGACAUCAGAUUCAUCAGAGUGUUACUUCUACGUCACUCAACACUCCAGAACUAACCACAAUUCAAUUCCAAUUGAUGGAUUCAAUCGUAAACACGCAGGCAACUCCAUCCCAGGCAGCGCCAACGCUAUCAAUGCUCCUGGACAAUAAAACCAUCACAAAGACCACCGAUUCAAUGGCCAAUUGCCCCAGUGCCCAGCCCCAAAUUGUCCCAAUGGCCAUUGAACCAAAGCCUGAACCAAUGGAAAUUGUACCGCAGAAUCCCCCAAACGUCCAGGCAGCUGCUGAGAAUAUUCCGGAAGUCAAAGAUGAGGAUCAGCAGCUCAUGGACGAUUUUAAUGGACUCAUUCCGGACAAUAUUGAUGAAUUAGCGGAUAUUCUCACUGACAAUAAUGCCAUCAUUCUCAGCCCUGAACUUCUCGAGGAGGAAUCUAUUCUUGAGAAUGUGGAUUCCCUCAUUGGGGCUGCCACUGAGGUGAAGCCAAAGGUCAAGGAGGAAGUCCCUGAAGCAGCUGUUGAGGUUAAAACAGAGCAAGAUGUUAUUGUCAUUAGCCCAGGGGAGGAGAAACCUCCGGCUGAGGAGCCUCCAAAGGCUGAAGAAGUUCCCGCAGUGAUCUCGCAGGAGGAGCAGCAGCAGCAGCAGGAUGUGAAGACACUGGACAAUGAGAAUUCAAGCUCAAAUGAAUCGAAAGAGACUGAGAAGAGUACCCAGGCGGCUGAAGCGGAGACAAUUGAGAUUAAAAGUGAACCCGAAUCGUCGUCUGAUUGUGAAAUUCGAAGCGAUGAGAAUUCCCGGCCGCCACAGGAAGUGGAUGCAGUGAAUAUGGCCACAGCGUUGGAUGACUCCAAGUCAGCUGAUGGGACAAAAAGUGGCACAGAUGGGGAGAAUAGGAGUGAUGAGGUUAAGAAGGAUAGUAGUGAUUCGAGUAAUUCAGCUGGGGUUGAGCUGAAGGGAACCGAAGAGCCGAUAAAGAUUGAGAUUUCAACGGAUGAUGAGGAUUCAAAUAUGAAGCUGAGUGAGCUGUGCGCUAAGGAAGGUGGGGAGAAGGACAUUGUGACGAUUGACUUGGAUGAUGGGAAGGCUGAGGCGCAGGAGGAAUGUAGUAGGAUGGAAACUGAUGAGGCAGGAGAUGAGGAUACAAAAGGAGCCAGUGGGGAAGGGAUGAAGGAAGAGGAGGAGGUGGAAAAACCCGAAAGGAAGUCUUCAGUUGAUGAGGAUAUUUUUGAAGAUGCAAAGGAGACAAUAGAUGAUGAGGAUGAACAGCCGACUGGCCAGGAGCAUGGGGGGCAUCAAGCUGUAAAUGUUGACACAGACGAUGAUUAUCCCAUUGAGGUGAUCAAGGAGGAUAAGGUGGGACGUACGAAGAGAGAUUACUCGAGGAAGAAGCCCGAAACACUCAGUGUGGACAGCAAGAAGAGCGAGGAUAGCAAUGAAGAUAGCAAAUCCAGCCUCAGUCUGAGAAUGCGCCUGAAGGAGCGAGAGAGGUCUGAAAGUCCCCUCGUGACGGAUGAUGAUGCCGGGGAUGUCAUUCCACGCACCAGGAGGCGCUAUUCGUCAACACACGCCGCUGAUUCCGUUCCAAGUUCCCCAGCUUCCAGUGAGGAUCGUGAAUACAAGGCAUGGAAGAAGGCCAUAAUGCCAGCCUACAAUCGUCUAAGUACUCACAAGUACGCUUCCAUCUUCCUUCGUCCUGUGGCUGAGGAUCAGCAGGCGCGAUAUCGUCAGGUGAUCCUCAGACCGAUGGAUCUCAACACGAUCAAACGGAACCUCGAAACGGGCGCACUGAGAACGACGUCGGAAUUCCAACGGGAUGUCCUGCUAAUGUGCCAGAAUGUCAUGAUGUUCAAUAAACGCGACAGUAGCGCCUACAGCAUGGCCAAGGAGAUGAUGACCGAGAGUGUGGCCAUCAUUGAGAGCGCCAUGGAGAAUUGGAAGGUAACACCCAGUAGCAGCAGUAGCAGCUCACAAGCACCGACCAAGGUGCGUUCGAGGAAGAGUCAGAGGCACCCUGUGAGUGUCAAUUGAGGAUUUCCACCUGAAGAUUGGAACGGAAAUUCGCAUUGUAAUGAAGAUGUAUGAGAGAAAAUCUGAAAGCUACAAAAAAGAGAAAAAAAUUAACGGA